AUGAGUAAAGUUUUUAUUAGCCGAGAAGAUGGUAAUGUAUCAUGGGGUUUUCGACUUCAAGGUGGUUUGGAAUAUAAUGAACCAUUGACAGUGACGAAUAUUGUUCCGGAAUCACCUGCGGAUGGUAAACUAGAUCCAGGUGAUAUGCUACUAGAAGUAGCAGGCAAUAAUGUUACUCAUAUGAUGCAUCGGGAUGCUCUCGAACUUAUUCAACGUUGUGCUAAUGCACUUUUCCUCACCGUCCAUAAAGUUGGUUAUUCAUAUCCACCAGGUGGAACUACCCCACGCCCUGCUCCUUUAGCUUCUGUGUGGAAACCUCCUGCGCAACAACAGCAACAAUACCAACAACAACAACCACCACCACCACAAUAUCAACCACAACCACAGCAAUAUCAACAACAACCACAACAAUAUCAGCAACAACCACAACAAUAUCCACAACAACCGCAACAAUAUCAACAACAACAACCACCUUAUUAUCAACAAAAUUUCCAACAGCAACAACAACAACCUUAUCACCAACAAAACUUUCAACCUAAUCAUCAACAACAACAACCACAACAAUCUUAUUAUCAACAUCAACAACAGCCACAAGAUCCAUAUCACCAACAAGACUUUCAACAACAGCAACAACAACCGUACUACCAACAUGACUUUCAACAACAACAACAGUAUGGUUAUGGUCAACCACCACCACAACAAUCAUCUAUGUUCAAUGCUGCACCUCCGGUGUCAGUUCCACCACCACCUCCGCCACCGCCUCCUCCUCCACCACCGCCACCAAUGCCUGCUGCAAAUAUCCCGCCACCACCCAUAUUUGAUGCUGAUAUGAUUGCAAAUGCAGCAGCUUCAUUAAAGAGUCGUCAACCUGCAUCUCAAACUCAUAUAUCAAGUGAUCAAACAACAGACGGUGGAAGUGUUCCGGCUGCACUUGCUAAAAUGCUUGGUGGUCGUCCUGGUGGACCAAAACCAUUUUCAUAUACACCAGGUGGUCUUGAUCUAUCUAAAAUACGUGAAUCUGCUCGUGUUAGACGUCAUCGUGAAUAUGUUUCGAACAGUGAAGAACCAGGCGAAACACAAGAAUCAGAAAUAACUAUGAAUCGUCGAAUGAUUGUUCCACCUGAACCCAUGAGUCAACAUCAAUAUGCCCCACAAAAUCCAGUUCAAUCAUUUAACUAUGCUCGUCAACAACCGACACCACAAAAAAAACAUAUACAACAUGAUACAAAUGUAGUUACACAAUCACGUUCAUUUCAAAUGCUUCAAGGAUGGAUUUCAGAUAGUGAAAAAACUGUACCAACACCAGUUGUACCACCAUCACAACCAACAGCAACGACGACAACAGCAGCAGCCAUAAAUAAAUCAGCAGUUGCUCGAGCUGUUCUUGAUGAACAAAUGGGUAAUGUUAAUCGUCAAAAUAGUUCCGGUAGUGCAUCAAAUCUUCCUUCACGAUCAUUUCGUUAUUUACAAGAACAAUAUAGUAAUACUAAUAGUGAUGAUAAUGAUGCCGCAUCAGUAACAACAACAACAACAGUUGAAGAAACUAUGGUAGGAGGUGAAGGUGUUGGUCUUCGACGUGGAAGUGAUGGUCAUAUGCCAUCACGAUCAUUUAAAUAUAUACAAGAUCAAUAUGAUGCUCAACAACAAGGACCCGUUAAUCGAGGACAAGGAAUUAAUAAUCGAGAGGAUUUAGCAGAAAUUUAUAAUAAACCACCACCAAGUUUUCGUGAACGUGAACCUGAAGCUCCACGUUAUACAGGCUCAACAGUUCCAUCACGUUCAUUUCGUUUUCUACAACAGAUGACGGACAAUGAUCAACAAAAUGUUGGAACAUCCGUUCUUGGUUAUAACAAACCACAACAAUUAAUGAAUAAAUAUGAUGAACAAAAUCUUUCAUUAAAUAAUAAUAAAAUGAAUACACAUCCGUCACGUUCAUUUAAAUAUUUACAAGAAAUGACAAGUGAACAACCAGAAAUAGCAGCAACAACGACAAUGACAACAACUGUUAUUCGAACAGAAAGAAGAGUAAGUUCAACCAAUAUUGGACAACCAUUACAAAUGAAUAUUGAAGUUCAACCAUCUCAACCAAUGAUUCAAGUUACUUCAACAAGUUCAAGUAGUCAUCAUGAUGAUAUGGUUGAUAAUUUAGCUACAGAAAUUGCAGCAACUGAUUUUUAA